AUGGAGACCCCUGGUUUGAAAUCACAGCUGUUCCCAGUCGAGCUCUGUCAGAUGGAGACCCGGACCCCUGGCUUCCCAUGGAAGAAGCAGCAGCAGCAGCCGGAUCCGGAUGGCUUCCCCAAGCUGGAGCUGGAGCCUCCUCAUGCCGGCGGCAAGCCAAAGGUGGAGCCCUGCGAGGAGCAGGAGCACUCGCCGCCGGCGGCUCCAGACGAUGACUGGGAGGUGACCCCGCUCUCCGGCGGCCACCCCUUCUUCACCACCGUCAUGUCCAAGAGUCAGGUCCAGAAGCAGUUCCAGCUGGUGAUCCCGGCUCGUCUGCAGCGCCUCCUCCCGGAGGCGCGCGUCCCCGCGGCGCUCCUCUGCCGCGGCCGGUCGUGGGCGGCGAGCUACUGCGGCGACCUCAAGUGCAAGAAGAUCGACGCGGGGUGGAGGGACUUCGCCGUCGACAACGCGCUGCGGGUCGGGGACGCCUGCGUCUUCGAGCUCAUCACCGCGCCCGCGGCCACCGGGAGUAGUGCGGCAAGUAGUGAGGUGGUGUUCCGGGUGCAGGUGCUCCGCGGCGGCCUGCCGGAGGAGAUCACCUCCAAGGGCGCCACCCCCGACGAGCCCCUCGUCAUCGUGGACUAG